CUGUUUUGAAGGAAGUCCCUGGGUUGUUUUGGACGUGCUCAGACCACGUGGAGGCACGAGGUGCUCGUACUGUAACUUUAUAGCGUCCUGAACACCGUCCGACACAUUUGUAGCACAAAAAAACAAACAGUCGACCCAGCGUUGUGAGGAAAAAUGUCAGCGGGAGGUCAGACCACCAGGAGCCGGGAUAUCCCGGCCGUCAGAAGGGUCACCAUACACGACUCGGCUCACAUGCCCCAGGACUACUCCACGACUCCCGGAGGGACUCUGUUCAGCACUACGCCAGGAGGUACCAGAAUCAUCUACGAGAGGAAGUUCCUCCUCCAGUGUCGGACGUCACCUCUGGCUCGUACGCCUCCAAACCUGCCCGACAUCCCAGGAGUCACCAGGCCACUCAAACCUGACUCGCCUAACAACAUAAACCAGCCUCAACAGACAGCCAGGAAUAACGCCAACCACAACCUCCACACAGAGGAAAAUGCAGAAGACGCCCAGUUUGAAAUGGACAUCUGAAGAAAGUUGGCUACAACAUUUUCGUGUUGUUUUUUU